AUGAUUGAAGUUUUACAAUGUUUCCUUUACGAACAUCUAAUUAAUCAACAAAUUCAAGGUAUAACUAUACCAACGAUUAUUGCUCUUGUUCGAGUUAUUCUUGAAAAUCAAUAUAUACUUUGUGACAAGAAAGUUUACCAACAAAUUCAAGGAAGUGGUUUUAAAUCACCAUUGACAACGAUAUUAGCAAAUAUCUACAUGUAUUAUUGGCAAAAAGAUUUAGUAACAAUUUUAGAUAAUAAAAACGAAAUCUUUGUCAAAUCUUUAGAUGAAAUAUUCUUUACAUGGAAUGAAUCCGAAGAGCGUCUUUCUAAUAUACUAAAUACAAUGAAUCGACAUUAUCCAACUAUUCGACGGGUCAUAACUAUUAAUAAAGAUAUCAAUUAUCUAGAUGUGAAUAUUACUCAUAUUUCUGGUAAUCUAACACUUCAAGUUGCUCAUAACAUAAACAUCGAACCAUAUUCAUUACCUUUUGGAUUUGGUCGUCAACGAUACAAGUAUAAGACAUUGUUCCGAAUAGCUCUUAUACCUGCUAUACGAUGUUAUACAAAUGUGUCUGACUUUACUAAUAAACUUCAACAUCUGCAAUUAUCAUUUCGACAUGACAGAUUCGUCAAUGAUUUUAUUAUUAGCAAAUUUCUAUCAUUUCUCGAAGAAUUUAAUGCUGAUGAAAUGAAACUUCACAAUGGUAAAGCCUAUUAG